GAUCAUCACAGCUGUAGUUGACAGCCUGCCACGCUGAUCUCGCAUGAUAAGAAUCAUGGUUACUGUGGUUACCUGCAUUGCAACCCUCCUGCUUACGCUUCCAUAUUUGGCUAAAGGAGGGGUUAUUUUGAUGACACUGGUUGACUCUUACCUAUAUAUAGUGCCAAUAUAUAUUCUUGGUAUCCUUCAAUUCAUUACAGUUGGAUGGAUAUACGGCAUGGGUCGGCUGGUCAGGGAUAUUGAGAUGAUGACUGGCACUCCACCUCCAAUAGUCAUCAAGUUCAUCUGGUGUUUCAUCCUUCCGCCCGUCUUCCUGAUUUUCCAGGUGAUAUCCUUUGUCAAUUACACUCCUCCAUCGUUCUACGCCAUGGAUUCAAGAGAUCCGUUAUCCAGUGUGGGCCCACGUAAUGGGGUGGUUCAUAGCGCUGGCUCCACUGGCACUAGUAGCCGUGUUUGUAUUGCUGGCACUUGUCCCUUCCUCUCAGUAUUUGUUACGCCCGCGACGAGAAUGGGGACCUGCUGAAGAUAACUACAAGAGGCAAUAUGACAGUCAGCGCCAGGACAAUAUAACAUUCAUGGAAAAAAUCACCCCAGUAUUCACGAACUGAUGUCACCGGACCAUGUCUCCCUACGUUUUCUUUAUCAAAAAUAAGGUGCACAAAUGCAAUUGAUUAAACCUCGAGAUUUUAUAAUUCAACAUUAUACCUAUGAAAUUUCCAAAUUAAAAUAUUGUUUUUAGUUUUAACAACAUCAGUAAAUGCACCAUCGUGUCACUAGAUUGCGUGAGCGAAAUGUGCUACCGGUAAUCAAGGACAUGUUUACCCGUUUGGCGAAUACCUGAUGACAAUGCUGAGUAUUGCUGAUCUAUUCGUAUUGACCUCUUGCGACCAAUGAAUCUGUUUCCACAGAAAAUGGAGACUGAUUCGUCCCUAUGUUAACGCGUCAUAAAAAAAUUACUAUUCAGUAGUGUCAGAGAUUGUAAACCAAUAUAUGAUCCCUGGUAGAAAUGCAGUACCUUCUUCAAAAGAAGGCAACUUUCCCAAAUCAAAACCAUGUCCAUACGAACAUGGACUAUGUUACUUUCUCCGCUGUUGCGCAUGUAAAAUCGUUUGCCUCUAUACGUGCACUUGUGGUUUUUAAAAAGCACGUGACUAUGUUAUGCUUGUAUUUGUGUUGCCAUUGUUUAUUGUUUCCUUCUAUUUUUGUUAUUUUUGUUGAGGUGAUGGAAAGGUUGGGCUAGUAUUGUUUGUAUUCUAGUGGGGUUUUUUUAAAAUAACUUCUCAAAACAUUCCAGUGAGUAAUUAGCAGUAUGUAGGCCGUAGAUAAUAACAUAAAUAUAUAGGUAACUAAGUGCAAAAUCUGCGGCUUUAUGAGUAUAAUUCAUUCAUUCAAGACUUUGAACCAAUCAGUCCAACUGUCAUUGGAUCCACUGACAACCCAAGUAAAUUUAACCAAUAUAACGUUUUAUUGCAUGUUAUUUAUUGAUACUUCCCUGGCUGUCCCAUUUCUUCUGCCUCAGAUCACGGAUGUAAGUACUAAAUUACUUACGGAAUUAGAAAUACAAUGGUGUUUGGCGUUUAUUUGUUUUCUACAUUAUUUAAGAUAGAGCUUUAACAAAUAUUUUAAGAACUAUGUUUUUCCCAACUAGGCCUUUUAAUUUAGUCCUCUAAUUAUCCUCAAAAAUACCAUUUUACAGAUAAUAUAACAAAAAAUUGCAUAUUAUCAACAAGUUUAGAAACAUGUUAUUACUUACGUCGCAUUCAACAACGGGUGGUAACAACUACCCGCAGCAGUGUUUAGACGGGAGGAUGCAUUUGCUCUUGUUUUGUCAUAACCAUUGUCCAAUUGACAAUCAAAUGUAUGAAUAGACUCGUAAAAAAUAGUAUACGUAAACUUUCAACAAGAGUUUUGAGAAAAUCCUAAAUCAAUUAUUCUAAAUAUCAAUUAGGAUACAAGAAGUAAAGGAUGAAUGGUAUAUGACUUUUUCAUAAAAGAAUAUUAUGUACGCGAACCUAUGGAGAGUACAUCUCAUUUGCAUACUGUAGCUUGCAUUAGAAACAUACAUUUUGAUUUCGAAGGUGUAAAAAUGACACAAUUUGCUCUCCUGUAAACUAUUUCAUCUAUUUUGGAUGAUGUUACAAAAAGUGUAACAGCGUUGGUGGUAACGAUAGUCAUAAAAUAUUUCACAAUCAAAUUUUAGUUGUGUUCAAAACUACGAAAUA